UGGAGGCAGGUUCAGUCCAUUUCUGGAGAGACGCAAGAGUUGAAGAGCGUUGCUGGACAGGCGGUGCGACUGGCGCUUGUAGUAAAAAAAAAAGACAAAAAACAAAACAAGACAUGCGGUAACUUGUGUCGUUAAGUAAGGCGACAGGGCAGCCUCUUCAGCGCAUUGAUAUCCGAGCUCCAGUGACCCCUGAGAGAAGAGGGAGUUACCUUUGCUUAACGUUAGCUGACCAACACCGGCAACAUCCAUGCGCGUCGAAAAACAGGUGUACGGUUUCAUCACACGGACACCGCACUAGCUUCCGAGCCGCUGAAGCUCGCUGUGUUUGAGUGUGUGUCUAUUUCAAAGAAGGACUUCAGUCAUUACACAUGGAAGAGGCUGAUAACCUGACGAUAUGUUGCGGAAUUAGUCGAGUGAGGCGGCAGCCGUUUUAAGGAAAGUGUGUCCCCCUGCAGUAGACCCGUAAGAAGUGCUCUUCAAUAUGAAUACAGAUAGCGGAGGAUGCUCUCGCAAAAGCGUGGCCUUGUCACUCAUGCUCUCUCCCAUGAAGAGGGUCCAGAGCUCACCAAAUCUAGGCUCAGAGAGUGAUUCUCACUCAUCAGACUUGGAUUCUUGGCGGUCACGCAGCGUAACCGAUGGCUUUAAGAAUGGAGACGCCAGCAGCUCAUCUCUUGCUGCCAAAGGCUUCCGCAGUGUCAGACCCAACCUGCAGGACAAAAAGUCACCAACACAGGGGCCUCCCUCCCCUGACCCCACAGCCCAGCACUCCCCCUAUCGCUGCCACAGCUCAGAAUCACUCGACUGCCUGUCAGGCCUAAUGCCCAAGGCUCUGUCACCCACCCCGUAUGUUCCUAGUGGAGCUGGUGCAGCCAGCAGGCCGAGCCUUCCCACAGUCAGCGGUGUGAUCACCGGAGGCUGCGUGUCACCCUCGGCCUCUCCCGUGACUGUGUCAGCUCUCAGCCACUACUCGUCAUCCACGGUGGGUCUGCUGGACGAGCUGCAGAUCUGUAGCCUGGACUCACCUGGUGCAUCGCCCACGCCAUCGCCCACCCUCAGCCUUGUCUCUUCCUACACACCCACUGCUGGCCCUGAUGAUGUGCUAACAACCUUUGUGGCCUCCACUGCUGCAGCAGCUACUGUCACUAACGGCCAGGUCCUCUCUUACGCUAUGAAUGGAAGUGCUCCACAGAGGCCCCUCUCUCCUCCUUCCUAUCCUCCUCCCCCCACCUCCUUCCACACUGGGCUCCAGAGACAAAGCAGGAGUUCAGAGGGCAGCGAGUCGUACACCAGAGAGUCUGUGGUGCUGGGCCACACCAGCGUCAGCAGCACGGUGCCCAUCGCCCGCUUCUCAGAAGAAGAGAAAAGAGUGUCCGUUAUUAAAGCCCCUCAUUACGAAGGCAUCGGCCCCGUGGACGACUCUGGCAUCCCUAUCGCCAUCCGCACGACGGUGGAUAGGCCUAAAGAUUGGUACAAAACGAUGUUCAAACAGAUCCACAAGGUUCACAAAGCAGAUGAUGACUAUUCUGACACAUACAAUGCAACAUAUGCCGUCAUAAACAAUGACGACUACAGCCUGUCAGCCAACACCACCAUGUCCCACCCUGCUCCCCGUACACAUACGUACAGGCCACUCGCCAAAAGCCCCUCCGACAAUGGAGGGCAUCUGGGCCCUCGGGAGCCUUCGCCAUCCCCUGUGCCCCCACCACCUCCACCCAUGCCAUCUCUCCUUCAACUGAGGGCACGAGACAGUGACCGUGAGAAAGACUCGCCCGACGCGAAUGAAUGGGGUCCGCCCAACAGGAAAGUGGACACGCGAAAGUACCGCGCAGAGCCGAAGAGUAUUUUUGAGUACGAGCCUGGGAAGUCCUCCAUUUUGGAGCACGAAAGACCAACCUAUGAUGACAUAGAUUUAGAGAACGAGCCUUGGUAUAAGUUCUUUUCCGAGCUGGAGUUUGGGCGGCCGCCUCCUAAAAAACGGCUGGAUUAUAAUCCAGACAUCUCCGCUCGCCAACGCAUUGAGACAUCCCUGCAUAUCGCUCCUGCUGACAAGGCUCCGGAGAGACCUGCGAGUGCUGCCAGCGACUAUAGGAAGAGAAGGAAGUCUGAGCCGUCAAGUUCCCAAGCGAAUGCCCAGUCUCAGAGCAGAGCUGCAACUUCCCCUAAACCAGUGGAUGCCUACAGACCCAGCAGCAGCCUAAAGAAGCCUGUGGUUCGUUCCUCACCAUCCUCACCCGCCAGAGCCAAAGGUGGGGACGCAUGCAACAUGUAUCCAAACAGUUUGACCUCCCCAGGUCCUUAUCAACGCCCUUAUCCGCCCCCUAUCCCCUCUGACCCUGACCCUGAGGACGGCAGCCAGGAAGGCAGCUCCUCCUCCAAGCAGUCUGUCUUUUGUAAGAACAGUUGGGAGACAAAAUGCCAGGAUGCUGAGACAUGGAGCAGUGCUGAGCGGUACCCCCCCAUCCCUGGCAAGCUUAAGUCACGCAGCUGUGAUGACUUACUUAAUGAUGGGCAUUCUGGCUCAGGCGGGUGCAAAGCCACCCGUUCAGAAAGUGCUGGGUCACUGGUUUGUGAUGGGAAUCCCUCAGGUUCCACUGGAUCCAUCUCCACUCGCUCAUUGCCUCGCCUCCACCGGCGCCGGGCACACGAUUCACCGGGCUUUCUCAAGCUCUAUCGUAAGAUGCACCAGAUCGACCGAGCUCAGCUCAUCCCAUCGGAAGUCAUCCGCUCGGUCCGCGCUCGCAUCCUGGAACUAGAGGGCCAACCUCACCUGCAUCGGCAUCGCCUCUCUCCUUGGACACCCUCUUGGGGCAUUGAUGUGCCACACGAUAUGGUGCCAAACCGCAUUUCAACAUACGAGACCCUUAUUCAGAAGUCUAAAUCCAUGCCCAACUUGGGUGACGGGGAGAUGCCUUCUGGCACUACCACGCCAGGUGGUUCGUCAUCUCGAGGCAGUGGUGGUGGUGGUGGUGGCACACCCAUAUUUCCAAAACGGCGUUUUUCCAUAGAAUCUUUACUAGAGGAAGACAACAACGGCAACAGUGGAACAGUACCUCAGAGCACGGAUCACUUGCAUCGAACACGUAGCCCACCUGAGGGCCAGCCUCGUGUCGAGCCGGUGCCCGGCCGUGGGCGGUCCUUUCCUGCUCCUCCUAUUCCCAAAGGCCCGCAAGCCAACCCAGACUACUCUGACAGUGAGCAAGACGCUGUUGCUUCAGACCUCAGUGACUUCAUACAGGUGGAGGGCUCCUCAUUUUGCAGUGAGAGUGACUUUGACCAUUGCUCACUAACCUCUUCUGAGAGCUUGUACGGCUCUUCCACCCUUCACCACCACCUCCGUCAUCACCACCACCAUCACCACCCUGGUCACCACCCUGGUCAUCAAAGUCUAGGCCAGAGCCAGGGCUACCAACACCGCCACCUCAUCAGCUCCUGCAAAGGCCGCUGCCCAGCCUCUUAUACCCGUUUCACAACCAUGCUUCGCCAUGAGAGAGAACGAGCACGCCAGGAGCACCAGAUACCUUCACAGCCGAGCCGCAGCAGCAAUUCCCAGAUCCAGAGCUCACCGUCCCAACAAGCGAUGUCCAAGCUGGCCUUCCUGGUCAGCCCAGUGCCUUUCCGCAGGAAAAAUGGCUCACCACCUACCUCUAGAAGAAGCAGUGGUGGCGGAGAUCAAGGAAGCAGACCCAAGUCCAAACAGGCCAUUUAUGAAGCACUAGAUGCAGCCUUGAGAGACAUAUAUGAGCACAUUCAAGCAGAGAGAGGCCACAGAGGAACUAGAGCACCUGACGAUAGCAUCCUGAGGAGAAUACUGUCCGAACUGCUGCCAAAUGUGCCUGAACGAAGCUCCUCAUUGCGAGGGAGGAGGGGUUGUUGGCACGGGGGUCAGUCCUCUGCAUCGUUGUACCCAGAUGGGAGUCCCACUGAGUAUUCCUCACAUAGAGAGGAUCCCUCCACACCACGGCUACAGUCACCAAUCAAUGCCUGUUACGGACGCCACUCAGACACCUCAAACAAUAAUGAAUAUGGAGAGGAGCAGGGCAAUGGAAAUGGUCUCUGUUAUUCAGACCAGGAUGUCUCCAGGUGUUAUUCCACCAUGGAUGGACGCCACACAGCCCAGAGUAGAAGACCUACUCCUGACAGAGAGGUCUCCCAUAAACAGAUGACACAACUUAUUCUGUUCUCUCUCCUCCAUCAGAAACAGCCUGCGAGAGCCAUUUAUGAUUUUAAGGCACAAACAGCUAAGGAGCUGACAUUUAAGAAGGGUGAUGCAGUGAACAUCAUCCGGCAGAUAGACAACAACUGGUACGAGGGGGAGCACCGCGGACGGGUCGGAAUAUUACCCAUAUCAUAUGUAGAAAAGAUGCCAUCCUCAGAGAAGCAGCAGCAGCCGAUUCGUCCUCCUCCGCCAGCACACGUCAGAGAGAUCGGAGAGGCGAUAGCUCGCUACAACUUUAACGCCGAUACUAAUGUGGAGAUGUCUCUCAGAAAGGGUGAGAGAGUUAUUGUGAUAAGGCAGGUGGACCAGAACUGGUACGAGGGGAGGAUCCCAGACACAACCAAACAGGGCAUCUUUCCUGUGUCAUACGUUAACAUCGUCAAGCGCUCCCCGUCCAAGAGCUCCGCCCACCACACAGACCCACAUGGUUACCCUGGCAACAGGACGCCAAGCUCUACACCCAUCAAGCGAUUAGUACAGGAUGCACUCCAUGGUGGAGGAGAGCCGUACCAGGCCGUGUACAACUACCUGCCUCGCAACGAGGACGAGCUGGAGCUGAAGGAGGCCGACGUUGUAGAUGUGAUGGAGAAGUGUGACGAUGGCUGGUUUGUUGGGACCUCUCGAAGGAGCAAGUUGUUUGGAACCUUCCCAGGAAACUACGUGAAGCAGCUAUAAUGAUGAUUCCAGACUCCACCCCUGGCCCCGCCCCCCUUCUGUGACACGAACAACGCCCUCAGCACAGCACCCGCAGGACACCACCUCCCAACACUGGUCGCCCCCCCCCCCCCCCCCCCCCCCCCAAGACCUGUCGCACAGUUAUGUGUUUGCGUGCAUGUGUGGCUCGUCAGCUUCACACAGACAGAACAUUUAGCUCUAACUAGCCAUCUUUAAUGGAAGACUUCUACAAAAUAAUGUUGUUGUUUUUUUUUUUUAUCUUAUCUUUUUAUCCUUAUUUUUCUAUCAUGGAGAACCCAAACUUUGUGCUCCAGUCAGUGACCUUUAACUUUUUUGAUGGAAGGAUAUCGAAGGAACUUUGCAAACAGUCAAUAAUAGCAAACGGGGCACCGCAGUGAUGCUUUUCUUUCUGUUAAAGUAAGAUCACCACGACGUCACCUUUUUUUCUUUUUCAGUAUGUCAAAGUUAAAAACACUUGGUACAUUUCAUUUCAGUGUUCACUUACAAAUAUCCCCAAAGAUAUUCAGUGCAGAGAGUGUUGUAAAAACAGUAUUCUGUUGUAUACAAACUGUGUUGAAGGGAUUGCAGCCAUGCAGCCGAUAUUUCAGGUAAAAGUGUGGAGAAGUGUGCAUGUGUCUAUGUUAUGCGUCGUCCAAGGUAUUGAUUGGUUGAUAAGAAUUUGGGGAUAUGUAAGACCAUCAUUCAUCAUCGUUUAAGCAAUCAUUUCAAAUAUCGCAAAUGAGGAAGUGUGAAAAAUAUCAUCGACACUCUUGCACUCGCUGUCGAAACCUAAUGCGUUACAUUUAAAGUAUAAGAUUAGGAAACGCAAAACAAUGUUUUCGACAUCUUCACACUACGAUUGAUGCACUUUAACAAAAUUUUAAACACAAAUCCGUGUUUGUUUUAUUUGAAAUAUCCCUUCAGAUUGUACACACUAGACGUUAAUAUGUGUGUGUGUGUGGUCUCGGGCUGUAUUGCUCACGUUUGAAAAGUGUAUGCAACAAGGUUACCAACCUUUUUUUAGGUAUUAUAUUUAUUAGAGGACGAGUGCUGGUCGAACGGUGUUAUAAGACGAUCUUAGAGAAGUUUCUAACAUCUGUCAACCGCAGCAAACCCACAUUUGAAGGCUUGUUAUUUUCUUUAUCAAGCAUCUGUCCAGAUAAGUGCUGCGCGACAAAUAACACGAUAGUUCAUGGGCUAUAAUUGUGCCAGGUGUAAUGAUGUUUUAUGUUGAAUUAUUUAAGUCAGAUGAAGGAUGAGAUAGCAUUUUAUGGAAAACUUCAGUCGUGUAACUGCAGUGUUUUAACCCUGUUGGCAGAGUGAGUGGCUCACGGUUUCAUAUAUAUAUAUAUAUAUAUAUAUAUAUAUAUAUAUGGAAUUAUCGGCAGUUUCCAUCUUAGCUUGUCAUGCUCAGUAAAUAUGAUUUUAUGUUUUUAUUUUCUCAUUUUACGUGUUUCACAUAGGAUGGACACUGACAACAAAACAAUUGUUAAAGCACCUUAAGAUAUAUUUUUAUUUUAUCAUACAUUGUUCUUCACCUCACCUUCUUGUCAUCCACUAUUUCAGCUGGUGUGUGCGUGUGUCUGUGUGUGUGUGUGUGUGUGUCUGUGUGUGUGUGUGUGUGUGUGUGUGUGUGUGUGUGUGUGUGUGUGCGCGUGGUAUUUUUGUAAGCCUUUUGUAUGAGAGCUGUAAAAUGGCCAACAUCCACUUGCUUUAUAAAGUCAGCUUUUUCUCACCCACCAUCAUAUUUGGUUUCCUCUCUUUCUUUCUUCACAUUCUUCAUCAGUGGUGCUAAUUUCCACUUUUACAAAGUUAUUAUUGUAGCCGGGCAUGUAGGCCUUUUUCUCCAGUUGUUUGUUGUUUGAAGAGCCGGUGACGUAUUUAAACUGAAGUUGCUGUAGUUAGAAUGAGUAGAGUUGGUGAUUGCUGCCUUACAUCCAACUCACUAAUUUAAUAGCCAUGUAUAUGUAAACCUCUUCUGUGAUGCAAAAAAUUCAUUUAUGCAUAUAUAUAGUCUAGAAAACAUCAGGAACGUGUGCACAGAAUGAUCACAAACUAAGAACGUACAGUAAACCUGUAGUCUGCUUUUGAUACAGAUUUGGAUUGAAGACAUGAAUUUGACUCCUGGUAUGUUUAUACAUGUAAUGAAAAUGUUAAUCUUAUGUGUUAUUCAUGUUAUUAUCAACUUCAAUGCACACUCUUGGACCUAAGUAUUUCUACAAUAUCUUAGCAUUUGUUGGAUGAUUUUAUAGGGCUGUAUUGCUAAUAAAAUCCAGCUAGUAGAUGAAA